UGUCUUACCUGGCUACAAUUACCUUUAUCGCUCUGUAGUCCACAGUUCGGAGUCCUCGAUGUCCUCCCGUGUGUGUGUGGGCAAGGACAAAAUUGCUUUGGCCACCCGCAACGAUUGAACAAUUCCGGUUCCGGUGUGCAUUACGAAUCCGAGUCUCUGUGGAACCAAUAUUGCGCAUGAUAAUUGAAUUUUUGCGGCGGCAGCGGCGACGGCGGCUGCUUUGUGAAAAUCUCCUAAUUGGAAAAUUUGUUAUUUGAGUUCGAUGAACUGUGAUAAACGAAAAAAAGUGCCCCAAGUUGCUGGAAAAAUUGAAAAUGUCCCGUGUCAAUCAAGUGAAAUGUAACGAGAGCCAGCCAAUUAUUAAAGUUUAAAAAAGUGAAAGAAUAAAUACAAAAAGAAAAACCAAUCAAGAUGGAAAAUACAACUUUAAUAGCCGGUGAAACGCUGGCCAAUAUAUCCCUGGCUAAUAUCACCCAAAGUGAUGAAAAUAUCACCUCUUUCUUUACGGAGGAGGAGUGGUUGGCCCUCACGGGCAUACUGCCAUGGCUAGUGGGCUUCACCUUUGGGGCCAUUGCCAUCACAGGAUUCUUGGGCAACCUGCUGGUUAUCCUGGUGGUGGUAUUUAAUAAUAAUAUGAGAUCGACCACUAACCUAAUGAUCGUAAACCUGGCUGCAGCGGAUCUAUUGUUCGUGAUUCUUUGCAUUCCCUUCACGGCCGCCGACUAUGUCACGGACUAUUGGCCCUUUGGAGGAAUCUGGUGCCGAUGCGUCCAGUAUUUAAUUGUGGUAACGGCCUUUGCUUCGAUCUACACGUUGGUGCUAAUGUCCAUCGAUCGCUUCCUGGCCGUUGUCCAUCCCAUUCGAUCGCGAAUGAUGCGUACGGAAAACAUCACCAUGGUCGCAAUAGUCACACUCUGGGUGGUGAUACUGGUCGUCUCGGUGCCCGUGGCCUUCAUAAACGAUUUCGCGGUAAUGUCCGAUGGCAAAAGGAGCCUCGGCAUGUGCACCUUCAAGCCGAACGAUUACAUAAGUCCGCGCACCUUUCAGGUGUCCUUCUUCAUCAGCUCUUACUUGCUGCCGCUGAUGAUCAUCAGUGGGUUGUACGUGCGUAUGAUCAUGAGGCUGUGGCAUCAAGGAAGCGGGGUACGUAUGUCCAAGGAGUCGCAGCGGGGACGGAAGCGGGUGACCCGCCUGGUUGUGGUGGUGGUCAUAGCCUUUGCCUCACUCUGGCUACCCAUUCAGCUCAUCCUGCUACUCAAGUCACUGGGUGUCAUCCAAAUCAACAGCCUGCCGAAGGUCGUCAUGCAGGUCAGUGCUCAGACACUGGCAUAUAGCAGCUCCUGCAUCAAUCCGCUGCUCUACGCCUUCCUCUCCGACAAUUUCCGCAAGGCCUUCUACAAGGCCAUCAACUGCUCCCCUCGAUAUCAGAACUACACAUCUGAUUUGCCGCCGCCGCGCAAGACCUCGUGCGCCAGGACAUCCACCACAGGACUCUAAGCAUAAUUUCCUGGAGGAAAGAGAAAUGAUUGACCGAUAGGCGAUUGGAGGAUGUGUCGCCACCAUCGCGUGUGAAUCUCCAAGGUGGGCCAUGGUGGACAUAUACAAGUGUCCCUUAAAUGGAACCAGAGGACCAAAGGACCAUUGGACCAAGGGACUGCCAGCGUUUACCCGGGACAAAGUGUUACUAUUCUAGAGUACUCUUCUGUCUAGAGUUGAAUAAGUUGUUGUAAAUAGAAAGUAGUGUUUAAGGAACUAUAUUUGAUUGUCUAUCAGUAAUCUGUAAUGUUAAGCUAACACGCUUCUUUCUACUCGAGUUAGAUGAAGUCACUCGUAGGGUAUUAUUAAAUAAUAUGGCACUCUGAAACUGUUAUCGAACUUAAUGUAUUACAAAAACCCUUCCUAUUGGGCAUAUUGUUACCGUAUUAGCCAUUAAAGAAUUAACUAACUCAG